CUGAUCCUCUCAUUUUCUUUCAGUCAGAGGAGCACGAAAUAAUACAAAUUGUAUAAUGCAAUAGUUAAUUUAUAUAGCUUCGCCAUCGCCCAUCUUUCAUUCAUCCAUAAUAAACUUGAGGAUUAUUAUGUCCUACAAGACGGAGUUAUAAUUAUGGAGAUUCUGCAUGGAAGAUUCUUUGUAAUAGAGACGUGAUGUACCUGGAAUAGAAAACAAUUACUAAUUACCACUACAAACUAUUGUGUUUUAGUGGGUGUGCCUCGCUCUCUUUGAAACAUCGUUGAAAAUGGAGGCGACUGGGUUGCAGAAGAGUCGACAAAAGAAAAAGAGCAGCAACAGGGUUGAAGAACUGGAAGGACCUAUUCCCGAGCCUCCAAAACUCGAGGAUUUUGUUGGACUUGAAGCAGAUCACGAUUGUGGGGAAGAUAUCAAAAGUGAAAAUGCAAGUUCUCCUCCUUUGUCAUCUGGUAGUGACCCUGCAACAAUGGCGAGAGAAGAAACAUCUUCAGUAACAUCACCACGAAAUUCCAUUGGUGUCGAAGCAGUUGAAGAGACCAUCCACGGCUCUGAUAUUGUGUCUGACGAUACAUCCUCAAUUUUUUCUGUCGACCCAUGCGAAGAAGCAUUGACAGAAGAAAAUCCACCGUCGACAUCAGUGUCAGCUCCAAAUUUAGACGAAGCAGAUUACUUUGCCCACACACAAUUGUACCCAAGUCUCCCCUUAACGAUAGACAGUAGUCUACCCUCAAUGGCAUCUUUAACGACAUGGGAAAAUAUUCCAACUCCAGAGCACCAGUCCAAGUCCAAGUCGAAGAAUCUUACCACGGUCUAUACUAUGUCGUUCGAAGUACCUGUGGAACUCCUUCCUGCUGAAUUGGACUCUAAAAUUCAUCACCUUUACGCAAAUAUGAUUCUUGAAAGCAGUGAUGAGAAGGUGAAAGAGUUUCUCAAGGGAACAAAAACGUCGUACGAUGGAUUUGAGCUUUAUGAGCUCAUCUCUAGUUAUCAACGAGCUUAUAAUCAACUCUCGGGAUGUGAGAAGAGUUUAAAUGACUUGAGAGAGACCUGUAUGAAUCUAGAAAAGGGUUUAUGGACCGUUAAUAACGAUACCAUGAGUCAAAAUUCGUCCUGUGCUGAUGGAAAUAUCGUUUCCGCAAGUCAUAAGUACAUGGUAGCGAAAUUCGAUAAACAAAUCUACGUUCAGUUGGACAAAGUGCUAAAAGGGACGAAAGAAUUGAUUAAGGAUUCAUUCUCGUUGUUCACUUAUUCUGCACAACUUUGCAAAACUCAGAUAAACCAUUUCUUCCACAAGUCUUUUAAGGGCAUUAAUCUUCAAAGCUUCGAUGUUCAAGGGUACUACUCUGGGUAUCCGAAUGGAGAAUUACAAAAUUGUGCCAAUUUACUAAAAGUCUGCCUUUCUACUCUGUUCAUUUUCAUUCGAAGAGGAUCGACGCACGCUCAAGUUAGAAAGGACUGUCAAAAAUGGUUGACAGAUUGUGUGGGAUUGUUGCUAAGAAUUGCGACGCUGGAUGACCAUCUAUUCAUUUUAAAUCAUGCCAUCCGAUGUCCUCCUGGAAUGGUUGGAAAAGGAUUGACAUGCUGUGUUCAAGUCCCCAAGAUUCCAAUUCCCUCAAGUCCAGAAGAUUAUUUCAACUCUGGAUUUAGCAACCUAAACUUGGAUUAUGCUUUAACCGUGUUGAAGAUAAUUCUGAAUCCUGUUCCAAAGCGAGACGAAUUUCUGAAGCAGGUCGAAGUUGGACUUCGAGUCAUUCCAUCCCACGAUCCAACGAACCAGUGGGUUGUUGUAGAUUCUGAUGGGGAGGAUGAUCCAGAAGAUGUUUCUUUCUUCAAAGAGAGUGACUUGAUUAGCUUGCUUCAACAAAUUCCUUUCGAUAACAUGUUCCGUCGAAUUCUUCUCAUUUCAAAAGUUCAAAAUCAAGACAUUUAUGACAUUAGGGUAGCUUCAGAGCGAAAUGUACUAAAACUAUUGGCAUUUGGAACCCAGCUUGUAAAUAUACUCGGACAAGGAUUCGUUUCGUACUAUACUGACCGAUAUCGCCAACUAAUCAAGAUGAUUGGACGCCUAGUUCUCCAUUGUGUUCAAUAUAUCACGGACCACAUUGAAUCGCUAAUAAGCAGCGACUUUGGACGUGAUUGUGGUCAGAAAGGGAGCUUGAUACGAAAAGAGUACGACUUAUUUUUCAGGAGCGCCGUUGGUAUUCUGUUUAGUGGAAAGAAUAUCGGUUCGUUGCAGUUCCUUGCAGCAAUGCCGUUUCAAUUGAUAUCAUCGGAAAUGCUCUGGCAUGUUUACUGUGCAAUUACAAAGUGGACCAUCAGCGAUCGUUUCAAGACGGACAUAUCUUCCGAAUUUGAAAAUGAGUUGGUUUCUAUGAAUGAGUCGGAUGGGUUUUACUUAUUAACAACUUUGUGCAGUAUGGCCACUGCGAGGGAAAAAACUGACGCAAAUUUUACGAGAAUUGUGACUUUACAUCUUUUCCAGAUUGGAUUCCUUAGCCCCUUGACGAGAGAUUGUUGUUCUAAAACAGCUAGAGACUUGCUGGGAAAUCUGACAAGAAAAUAUCCAGAAAUCAUCACCAUUUUGCUGCAUACAAUCGAUUCGAAGAUGCAGAUCAUAGAAACUUUUUCACUGUAUCUGUUGAAAGAAUUGGCGUUUGAUUUGUGGAUUCCAACUGAUUUGGAUAUGAAGCUAAUCUUCCAUUGGUUGGUCAGUUUUCCGGUGUCAUCGACCGAAAAUCAGACUGCAAGAUUCGUCAUUCAGUCCAUGAAUUGGAGUUUCAAUGCUGCUGAUGGAAAAUUGUUUCUCACAUUUGAUAUUCAUUACGAAGUCGCUCUUAUGAUAAUGGAAUCUAAUGCAAAGUGGGAGAAAGGUCAAAACUUCAUCAGCGAGGGAAUGAAACAAAUGAACCCUUUAACCAGUAAAAGUCAAGAUAAUUGGGCUUGGGAUAUGUUAAAGAGGCUACAUCUCCAUGUCUUCGAUAGACAUGCUUAUUCUAGUCAUGAUCAACUGCAGCAAAUUUUAAUGAGCAUGGCUACUUUUGAUAGCAAUCCAGAACUCGAAUGUGUCAGAAAAGGAAUAGAAAACAAAAAUCCACUGGCUUGUUUUCUGGCACUUUAUCUCACUCCUGCAGGAGUAUCAGUCCCUCUCAUUUGUUCAAAAGGAAUCGAUCUCAUUGAAAUCAUCCUACAAAAUUAUAGACUGGAAUACGUGAUGCAUGCUCUUUUCUUCAUCACUCCCCUGUUUAUUGACUGCCCUGAAACGUUACAUGCAAUUGACAAAUUUCGUAACAUUUUGACGGUUUUAUUGGCUGCUGACAUGACUUAUGUUCGGAUGGCGAAAAACCUUAUUACGACCGACUUUCCGGGAGAAGCAACAAAACUUUUUGGGGACAUGAUAUCAUGUCAGGUUAAUCAGUGUUCACGAUUCGGGACUGAUGAGAAGUCUGUAGUCGCCUUUUGGACUGAAAGCUUUACGAAAUUAAAUGGCUGGAAUAAAGACAACAAUGUUCUCUAUCUUUUGGACAUACUCGCGAAAUCUUCCUUGACCAGAAACGAUUGUCAUUCCUAUUUUAUGCACCAUUUUGCAGAUAUAUAUAAAAAUAUGCCAAAAUCUAGUCAUUCCGGAAUUACGUCUUUGUUCAGCUGGACAGCUUCGGCAACUACACUUUUGUCAAAUCCUUCGUACUCUCAGAUUCCAUAUUUUACCUACUACUUGCUGUGCAUCGAAAUGGAGUUGGAAAAUCAAACGGGUUUUUGGAAAACGCUUUGCAUCAAGCUGAAUAAUCCAAAGGUUCCACUAGAUGCAGCUGUUAAGAAAUCUGUUAGCGUUUCAAAAUUUUCAACAUCGACGAAUUUCAUAACAAUUUAUCGAUGGGGUCAGUUGGCUCUGGAUUUGCCAAAUAACCACGAAUUAACGUUUUUGGUCUGGCAAAAAUUUUUCCUUCGCUAUUUUCAUCGUGUUUCUGAUAAUCAAACAACACAGUACGCUUGUGUGGCAAGUCGGUUUUUUGAAGGAAUGAUCAAUUCAUCUUUUUAUAACAAGCUACGACGAAAACUCAAUGAUUUGUUGAGUUACGUCAAAGAAAAGCUGACAUCGUUUGAGCAAAACAUAAAUACCUCUGAAAAUGCGUCUGAAAAUCCAGUAAUCAUGAAAGAACUGCUCAUGGAUAAAAUAAAUUUGGCAAAUGCUUUGGUCUUAUGGAUUAUGGAUUGUCAACUGUUGCAACCAACCUUAUAUCUUCCUGCCUUAUCACCGCAAUUUAUGCCCACCGUUUUACUUUCUUUGAUGGACGGCGAAGAGAUAUCUUGGAGCAAUUAUAUUGACUUUGAAGUGAUUUUAUCAGAAGAUCGAGUUGCUGCAAGAACGUACAUGACCACAAUUGGUAGAAGUGGCUGGUUUGAUGGAUUUAAGCUGCCUCGAUUUUGUGACCUUAGAAUCUCAUUGUCCAACUGUAUUGAAGAUGUUUUAAAACGUUUAAACUCUUACGAUAGUCCCAGAGAACCACCAAAUGUCCCAGUUUUUGAAGAUAUUAUUCCAACCUCCCCUCCCAUGAUGUUGGUAGAUGUUGCUAGUAUGAAACGCGGACUUGAGCCACACUUUUCGCAAUUACGCAAUUUUUCAAAGUCAUUUGCCAUCCAAAUAUCUCAACUACUGGCAUUAAAUUGCUCAUAUUGCGAGUGUUUACCCGAGUUGUAUUUAAAUAGCCCUGCAGAGAUGGUUGUCAAUGCCCGGUGCAGUGGUAAAAGCGGAAGUAGAACUUUCGAAAGUUGCGCUGGUCCUGCUCGAAUUGUUUUCAAGUACACAGAAGCAAAACUAAAUGAAAAUUUAGGACACAAAAUUCAUCAAAAUCGGAUCGAAUAUCAAACCCUGUUGGAUGGCAAAGGCACACAGCCACCUCCUGAAAUAGUUUGUACUGCGGCAGUGUUCAUUGAAGACUUUAUAACUAACUUGGUUGUUCAUUACCGUCGUGCUUCGUCAGAUGGCGAAGAACGAGUUAAGGUCUCCGGAGUGGGAUCCGAACUUUUCUACUAUGCUGCAACUCUAGUUAACGGUGACACUGAUUUUUAUCCCCCAACUCGUCAGUUGCUGUCAUCCCUGCUUGAGGUCCUCGGACGAGAAUUUAUUUCAACGCAUCCUUCCCAGUGUCAUCGUCUUGUUACGACGUCAAUCAGAAAUCCAAAGCUCGUUGGAGCCUUGGCUACUCACUUGAGCCUUACGGCUUGUCAGCCAUCCAUGUUGAUUGACAUUUAUAGAGAAGUCUCGUCAAUCCCUAGAAAAGAUGUGGAUUUAGCUUUCGUAAUAUUAACAAAGUUUGACAUUAAUAACUGGUUGAGAACAACAAAACCUAAGCUAAACGACAGAUCUCAAUUAUUGCAAAUAAUGUGGAAAGCUAUCGUUGUUGAUGGGUUUGCUCCUGAAGAUGAUAGACUUAUGGUUCAUGACACUUACCGAAAUCAUUUUAGGAGUAUGCUCGUCUAUGAUUUUCCACAGCAUUACGGAGAGAUCCUCGCACUAUUGCUUGAAGGAAUAAAGCAAAAUAAUGUCUCUCCCCAAAUCUGGUAUGACUUUUGCAAUGGAUUAAGUCGAGACACUAUUCGAUUCUAUCCUGGAAUGGAUAGUUUUUUACGAAAGCGAGAAGCAAAAAGAUUUGCGACUGAGGGCAAUAUGUUGGGAUAUCAUGAGCUCAUGGGGACUGCGCAGCUAUUAGCUCAACAUUUUACGGAUGAGAGAUUGGCAAAUGGACUCUAUGGAUUAUAUUCCAAGUACCGCAAUUAUGUAGAACCUCUUUCCUGUUUCCUGCAAAUAGUUGCGUACAGUGUUGUCGCAUGCACUUUAACAAACUCACAAGGAACUUUAUCGCAAAACAUUGUUGAUGCAGUUUGGCCAAUAGUCAGAAAUUUAUAUUCUCCUUGGAUGCUGCCUUAUAAUCAAAAAUUUAUUCAACAAAAUUGUGCCCAGUGGAUCCAACACAUGAAUUUUGAUGCUACAAACGUGCUGCAGCCUUGGAUUAGCAAUGAUUCCCAAUUAGCGAUGAUAAUUGUGAAUGAUUUUACUGAUUGCUUGAUGUUCCUUGCUGAAACAUUGCCAGGAAAUACUGCAAUUUUUUCGUACCUGUGGAAUUUCUAUAUUGAAAACUUUGCCUUCAUCGGAGUCAAGGAGCACGUUGUGGGUGUCGUUCAUAACUGUCUUGUCAGCGUACCUUGGGCAUCAUUUUGGCCAUCAUUCAGUGAUGUAGAAUUAUGGGUUAGGGUUGUUGAAAAGUUCUUGCCUGCAUCUCACAGCUUUUUGAGCAUUGUCUUCGCCCAGAUCUCAUGGCUCGAAUGGAUUGGCCAGUUGAGCCCAAAAUUCUUUGGAAAAGGACAUGCUAUGUUACUCAACCUAACCGUCAGACUUGGCAAUGACACCGUGGCAAGAGAGUCGCCCACAUGGAUGCAAGUACUGGAAACUGCAGAGACUCGUAUUAAUUGGCUUGCUAUUCCCCCAAGUGGCCUUGAACCAAUUUUAAACUGGUUAGUUAUGAGUAUAGAUCCUCGUGUUGUUUUGAAUCUGGAUCUCACACAUCGAAUGGAUAAAGCCCUCCUAAGAUUACUGGAGACUGCUUGUGGCUAUGGCCAUACCGAACAACUAAGCACAAAUUCUUCUUGUAACUCUAUGGAACUUAAUACGAAGAGAUAUUGUUAUGUCCGAUCGUAUGUCAAGCUUAUUGUAAGCGCUUCCUCGAAACAUAAAAAUCUUCUUGAAAGUCAUCCAAAAGCUUUUGAAGAUGCCAUUGGAAGCAUGAUUUCGGAACUGGCAACAUCGGUGAAGAGAGAAAAUCAAUCACCUGAUUUCUUCAUGUCGCACCUUCGUGAGUUGUUGGCUUUGAUGUCCAACCACACUCUGGUAACCAUUGCCAGAAAUGCGGUGCUGGAAUGGUGCAAUUCUACCGACUCACACACACUAGUGUUUUUAAUGACAGUUAUUCAAUUAAGUUGUGGCGUGCAAGUCCGGCCGUAUAUUGUGUGCCCCUUACUUGAAACUAUUAUUAAUUUGUGCUUCAAAUAUCCUGAUGUGUCCUGGACGUCAAUUCGAGACCUGACAGUAGUGAACCCUGAAGAAUUAAGCAACUUUUUCGAUAUUUCUUCUAAGGACGGACACUAUCUUGUCCUUCAUAGUUUACUUCUAAGACGAUUCCCCAUUUUUAUACAAGCAGGAUCGAACACCAUUAGUGUUUUUACGGAUUUGUUAAAAAAUAUUAAACCCAAAGAAGCUAACGAAGAAGCACUGUCUUUGAUUUACAAUGAAAUUUUAAACGUGAUGAUUCAUCUUCACAAAGAAGCUUCCGAACACAGAAAUGAAGCUGUUUUGAUACAAGGAAAGAAAUUUUUACUUCAACUGGCGCAACAUGCAUCUCUGGUUGGAGACGAUAAGCAAGGAUGGGGUUUGUUGGGUGCGUUUGGAAUUGGAAAAUCGUCUCAACUUAGCGUCAGAGGACGACUCUUUGCAAAGUGCAUCGGAACCUUUAUCUUUGUUCAAUUGCCAGUUAAUUUAAAUGUUCGAAUCAACCCUAGCUCGGAAGGUCAUUUUUCACAGAUAUCUAAUGAAACUUCAAUAAAACCUCAUCCCGAAGUGCAAUCAUGUCUUGAGAAAUUGGAAAGCUUGAAACAAAGUCGUCAACACACCGACUUGAUCGAAUGUAUUGAUUUCGCCACAGAAUUUAUCAAUUUACCGGAUAACGCUUUGUCAUCCUCUUCACUCUUCAUUUCAAAAUUGAAUGGUUACUUGUUUGCGUCUAGAUUUUUACCACGUUCAUGAUUAUUAAGGGAAAUAUUUAUAUUUUUUAAACUUGUCAGUUUCACAUUUGCGUUGAUUUAUUGUACGGAAUAUUUUACUAUUAAUUGACUUUAUCUUUGUUGACUUUGAUGCCUUGUCACUUGUUUUUAAUGAUUAAAUUAAGCGAGACGAUUAUUUAUUUUUAACGGUAACAAGUCCCUUGAAACCUGGGUAUAAAAAUUGUGAUAUUUAUAAUAGAACGGUUGUGAUGUGUCUCUCUGUCCUACCUCGAUGCAUUGCAUGAUUAAGUGAAACUUAAUAGCUGACAAUUGUAAUAAAAUCAUAAUCAUGUAAGAUAAAA